UGCGGACAACCUACCAGAGCACUUGAAAAAAUGCUGCACUCGCUGUACAUUAUCAACAAGGCUGGGGGGCUCAUUUACCAGCAGGACCUGAGCCCCGCGGCGCCCAAGCUGAGCUCCAACGACCACCUUCGUCUGGGCUCCACCUUCCACAGCAUGCACGCCAUCGCGGCGUUGGCGGCACCCACGAAUUCGGGCGGCAUCGACAGUCUGGAGACGGGCACCUUCCGCUUGCAGUGUCUGCAGACACCUACAGGCAUCAAGUUCUUCAUCACGGCCGCGCUGGGCACGCAGGACCUAGAUGUGGCGCUGCAGACGGUAUACGAGCUAUACGUCGACUACGUGCUCAAGAAUCCAUUCUACGAGCUUGAGAUGCCGAUCCGCUGCAGCCUCUUCAAUACUGGGCUCAAGACUUUUGUGGAUAGGUUCAACCUCGAUAGCGGUCGACGUCGUCCGCAGAGCAGCAGCGGCACUGACGUCUUCUACUGAUCACAACGAUAAGAGGAGGUAAAAGAUGUGGGUACGGAUUUUUCUCGAGUAAUUGACGGACUAGCCGAGCGCCGCCGCUAUGCUGUGGUAAUUAAUGGUUGGUCGACCUUGUUAAGGUCUUCCCGCCUCCGCUACAGGAUUAUAUCAUUUUUAAACCCGUUUAUUGAAACUAGUUUUGUCAAUCUAAAACAAUUAUGUAUUAAAUAUAUAAAAUAUUUGUUAAAUAUUGACAAAAGGUAGAUUUAAUAAUAAUAAUAAUCUUAUUUUAAAAUGA